AACGACUCCUUUUCGUUUGUCGCGACUGAGCGGCAGCAACAGGAGGGCUUCGGCCCGUCGCCGCGGCGUCCCGAGAGGCACUUCCGGCGGCGGUUCACUUCCUGGUUGGGUGGAUGGAGCCGGGCGGGAGCGCGCGCGGGGGAGGGGCGGCGGGUCAGUCUCCGCUGGGCGCUCCGGGGAUCAGCUGGCUGGCGGGCGGGCGCCGAACGCGGCCCCGGCUCUCGCUGCAGCGCCGCCUCUUCUCCGCGUCGCAGGCCGGCCCGGCGGCCGUGACAAUGUUGCAGGGCUGGUAGCUGGGAGCCAGCCGCCGAGCCGUCUCAAGUUUAAACUUACACGAAUCGCUCUCUUGAGGAGGAGGGGACCGCGGCGCGAUUGACACGCAUAUUCCUAUAGGCAUCCUCCCUCAGCCCCCACCCCCACGGCCGGAUUCGGGUGGCUCCUCUCCGAGCUGAAAUCUGAGAAGAAAUCCUUGGAUCUCUUGUUUUCUUUUAAAAAAAAAAAAAAAAAAAAAAAAUUCCAGAAACCGUCGGUAUUUUGCUUUACUGCUUCCUAUUCGCAAGAUGAAGAAGUUUUUCGACUCCCGGCGAGAGCAGGGCGGCUCUGGCCUGGGCUCCGGCUCCAGCGGAGGUGGGGGCAGCACCUCGGGCCUGGGCAGUGGCUACAUCGGAAGGGUCUUUGGCAUUGGGCGACAGCAGGUCACUGUGGACGAGGUGUUGGCGGAAGGUGGAUUUGCCAUCGUGUUUCUGGUGAGGACAAGCAAUGGAAUGAAAUGUGCCUUGAAACGCAUGUUUGUCAACAAUGAGCAUGAUCUCCAGGUGUGCAAGAGAGAAAUCCAGAUAAUGAGAGACCUGUCAGGGCACAAGAACAUUGUCGGUUACAUUGACUCCAGUAUCAACAACGUGAGCAGUGGGGAUGUGUGGGAAGUGCUCAUUCUGAUGGACUUCUGUAGGGGAGGCCAGGUGGUCAACCUGAUGAACCAGCGCCUACAAACAGGUUUUACAGAGAAUGAAGUGCUCCAGAUAUUUUGUGACACCUGCGAAGCCGUUGCCCGCCUGCAUCAGUGCAAGACUCCUAUCAUCCACCGUGACCUGAAGGUUGAAAAUAUCCUCUUGCACGACCGAGGCCACUACGUCCUAUGUGACUUUGGAAGUGCCACCAACAAAUUCCAGAAUCCACAAACUGAGGGAGUCAAUGCAGUAGAAGACGAAAUUAAGAAAUACACAACGCUGUCCUAUCGAGCACCAGAAAUGGUCAACCUGUACAGUGGCAAAAUCAUCACUACGAAGGCAGACAUUUGGGCUCUCGGAUGUUUGUUGUAUAAAUUAUGCUACUUCACUUUGCCAUUUGGAGAGAGUCAGGUGGCAAUUUGUGAUGGAAACUUCACAAUUCCUGAUAACUCUCGAUAUUCCCAAGACAUGCACUGCCUAAUUAGGUAUAUGUUGGAACCAGACCCGGAUAAAAGGCCAGAUAUUUACCAGGUGUCCUACUUCUCAUUUAAACUACUCAAGAAAGAAUGCCCAAUUCCUAAUGUACAGAACUCUCCCAUUCCUGCAAAGCUUCCUGAGCCAGUGAAAGCCAGUGAGGCAGCUGCAAAAAAGACCCAGCCAAAGGCCAGACUGACAGAUCCCAUUCCCACAACAGAGACUUCAAUUGCACCCCGGCAGAGGCCUAAGGCUGGGCAGACUCAGCCAAACCCAGGGAUCCUUCCCAUCCAGCCAGCCCUGACACCUCGAAAGAGGGCCACGGUUCAGCCCCCACCCCAGGCUGCAGGAUCCAGCAAUCAGCCUGGCCUUUUAGCCAGUGUUCCCCAACCAAAAACUCAGCCCCCACCCAGCCAGCCUCUACCACAGUCUCAGCCCAAGCAGCCGCAGGCUCCACCCACCCCACAGCAGGCGCAGCCCACUCCAGCCCAGGCUCUGCCCACUGCGGCCCAGGCCACGCCCCAGCACCAGCAGCAACUCUUCCUCAAGCAGCAGCCCCAGCUGCAGCAGCAGCAGCAACCGCAGCAGCAACCGCAGCAGCCGCAGCAGCAGCAGCCGCAGCAGCAGCCACCUCCCCAGCAGCAGCCGCCACCUCCCCAGCAGCCCGCGGGCACGUUUUACCAGCAGCAGCAGCAGCAGCAGCAGCAGCAGCAGCAAGCCCAGGCUCAACAGUUUCAGGCAGUACACGCAGCCGCCCAGCAACCAGCCAUCCCCCAGUUCCCGGUGGUGUCGCAAGGAAGCUCUCAGCCGCAGCUGAUGCAGAACUUCUACCAGCCGCAGCCGCAGCAGCAGCAGCAGCUGGCCUCGAGCUUGCACCAACAACAGCUGCUGACUCAGCAGGCCGCCUUGCAGCAGAAGACCGGGGCGGCGGUGGCGGCAGCGGGACAGCAGCCCCAGGCGCCCCCCGCCGCAGCCCCGCAGGCGCCCGCGGAGCCGGCGCAGAUUCAAGCCCCAGUAAGACAACAGCCAAAGGUUCAAACAACCCCACCUCCUACCGUCCAGGGGCAGAAACUCGGAUCUCUCACUCCUCCCUCAUCCCCCAAAACCCAGCGUGCUGGGCACAGGCGGAUUCUCAGUGACGUGACCCACAGUGCUGUCUUUGGGGUCCCUGCCAGCAAAUCCACCCAGCUGCUCCAGGCAGCUGCAGCUGAAGCCAGCCUCAAUAAGUCCAAGUCUGCAACCACCACUCCAUCAGGCUCUCCUCGGACCUCCCAGCAAAACGUUUAUAAUGCUUCGGAAGGUUCUACGUGGAAUCCCUUCGAUGAUGACAAUUUCUCCAAACUCACAGCUGAGGAACUGCUGAACAAGGACUUUGCCAAGCUGGGGGAAGGCAAACAUCCUGAGAAGCUUGGAGGCUCUGCUGAGAGUUUGAUCCCAGGCUUUCAACCGAUUCAAAGUGAUGCUUUUGCCACUCCUUCGUUUUCUGCUGGAACCGCUGAAAAAAGGAAGGGUGGGCAGACUGUGGAUUCUAGCCUCCCACUUCUAAGUGUUUCUGAUCCUUUCAUUCCUCUUCAAGUACCUGACGCACCAGAAAAACUAAUUGAGGGACUCAAAUCUCCUGAUACUUCUCUCCUGCUCCCUGACCUCUUGCCUAUGACAGACCCUUUUGGUAGCACUUCCGAUGCUGUAAUUGAAAAGGCCGAUGUUGCUGUUGAGAGUCUCAUACCAGGACUGGAGCCCCCAGUGCCCCAGCGCCUUCCAUCUCAGACGGAAUCUGUGGCCUCGAACCGCACAGAUUCUCUCACCGGGGAAGAUUCCCUGAUUGAUGGCUCCCUGCUUUCUAACCCUACUACUGACCUUCUGGAAGAGUUUGCCCCCAUAGCGAUCUCUGCUCCAGCCCAUAAAGCUGCAGAAGAUAGUAAUCUCAUCUCAGGUUUUGAUGUCCCUGAGGGCUCGGACAAGGUGGCAGAAGAUGAGUUUGACCCUAUUCCUGUAUUGAUAACCAAAAACCCACAAGGUGGGCACUCUAGAAACAGCAGUGGGAGCUCUGAGUCCAGUCUUCCCAACCUAGCCAGGUCUUUACUGUUGGUGGAUCAGCUCAUAGACCUGUAGCCGGGACCCAGUAGCAGAGGCAAUUCUGUAACCUUCCCACCGUAAUACACGUUUUCAUUACGGAGUUAUAAGAAAAAAGGAUUUUUUUAAAAAUCUACGAAUAAAGGGCCCUCUAGCCCUUAUCUCCUACCCCUUGCCUUCUCCUGUAGAAACGAUAAGGAAAGAAAAUCACUUUGGCCCUCCAGAUAUUCCUUGGCCAAUUCCUCCUGUUAGUUUGCUGUGUUUUCUCAUUACCCUUCUUCAAUAGCAUUAUCUUAAAUCAAGCGCUAGAUGCCAUGAGCUUCUCUGCUGGAAUCAACUCCACCCAAAGCUUAACUGUAACUGAAACUAGUGAAUUGACACCCUGUCUCAUUCUUGCUAGGAAUGGCCUCCCAGACCAAUCCUCCUAGCCCCUGUCUCCUUUGGCCAGAUGCUGAUGAAUGUGUUUCUCUGUUUUUGCUUUUUACGCUGCUGCAUUAUAUCAUGAGAACCUGGCUGCUUCAGUUGGUCUUGACUCUGGGCAGUAGCCUGGAGAUGGGUGUGUGACUUAAGAGAGAGUAAAACUGACUGACGGAUGGGAUGUGUUUGAAAAGAGCAAUUGAGCCCAGCUCUAGCCCACCAGCUCCGACCUUGUUUGAUCGUAGACUUAGGCAGGGGAUUUUACACCCCAUGCAACCUGCCCAGCAUUCAUCCAGCAUUCUGGCUUCCAUUGAACCGUGAUUUCUCAGAUCUGGAGACGUGACUGCAAGUACUUGAGAUCCUUGGAUAAAAUGUGUACGUUAUAUAAAACCCAAGUAUUGCCAUUCCUUUUUAUGUUAACUGUCCCGAGCCGGGAUCUCAGAAUUAGACCAAAAUGAGACAAUGGUGGUAAUAUGAUACCUUUUAUUAGAAGACUUUUCACUGGGGGGUGGAUGGGGGAGGGGAAGGAAUUGUAGCAGAAACAGAUGUAUUUUUCUUGUGAUUUUUAUUUUGAAUCAAAUAUUGUAAAUUGUGUAUAAAUGAAGACGCUGAAUAGUUCUGUUUCCACUUGGCGUUUCAAGUCUGAUAUCAGGUGUCUGUACAGGGUUUUGAUCUCUUUCCCUUGUAUAACUACACAGCAAUCCUACAGUGUAACAUAUGGAAUCAUUUUGAGUAGACUUGUGUGUUGCUAUAAGCUUUCAGCAGGUCCUCUGUCUUUGUAGAAUAAGCAUGUUGUUUAUUUUCAGAUAAUCAGAAAUAAGUGUGCUGAUAAGGUAGACACAAUUUGAUUCUGGCUACUUACCUUUCUUUCUCUCUGAUGUUUGAAUCGAAGGAUGCAGCCAGUGAAAUAUGUCCAGGUGGUUUUCCUUGGCUUCCUAGAUUAAAAAGCAAAACAAAGCGUAGUUCCUCACUAACCUUAGAAUAUUGUUCAUAAAAUGAAUAAAGGACCCUGCACUGACAUGACAACAUGCCUCAUGGUCACCCUCUGUAUAUGUCCUUACUCGUUGGAGUGUCUUUUUUUUUUCUCCCAUAGAAAGCAAUUUUAUAAAAUUGCCCUUUAGAAAUGAGGUGGGCACGGAGAAGCCGGUUGUGGUUCUCUUCCUUGAGUGCCACUUUCCAUGAUCAGAAGGGGAAACUCUUAAUUGAUCAGAUUUGUACAAAUAAAAUUCCACGCUCAUUUGUUUGUUUCUCUAUCUAGUACUUUUGUUCCUUUUUCCACACGUGCACUUUAAGGGGGGUGGGGAAGAAAGUUGAGCAGGUAACAACGGCCUACAAAACACGGCACUUUGGAGGUCAAGCUUUGACCCCAGAAAUGUGAGAACAGCCUUUGAAAGGCAUCAGAGGAAAAGUCUGAAUCUUUCAGUCUUCCUUCUGACUUUAAAUACUUCCUGUGCCAGCUGAAACUAGAUGAGCUAAGUAAAACCCUCUAUUAGGAUAAUGGAUCAUUUCCAAAAUUGAGGGAGGCACAACCUUCCUGCUGAAGAUAAAAAAAGAUGUCCUUGAAGAGCUCUCCAUGAUUGGACAGCAGUGAAAAUGGGACUCGGUUUGCCCCUUUAUGGACAGGAAUAUUACUGAAGAUCGAAACUGUAUUCUUUUUCCUGGACAUAGAAAGAAUGUAUAAACUAACGAAGGAAAUGUUUAUUUUUAAAUAAGAACAAUGUUUUAUGCCUAUAUUUUCCAAUUUGAUUUUUGUUCACACAUAUACAUGUUAGAAAUAUAAUGGAACAUCUAGUUUCUCGAUUUAAUUGAAGAAGUGAAGAGUACAGUUUAGAAAUUUGGUAUCUCUAAAUUGUUCCUUUCUUGUAUUACCCAUAAUCACAUUGAGAGGUAUUCCCUAGUCAUCUGGCUCAUGAAAGCUUAAUGGAGACUGUUAAUGAAAAUGAACAGACUAGACUGGAUGGAGGAAGUCUGAGGGAAAUAAUGACAUGAAAUCAUCUUGGGUUUAUUCUUUAGGAAUAGGACCCCAAAGGGGAGAACUAUUUUUCUGUUAAGUUAGGAAUCCAUGUGAGUGACUCGGUAAAUGGGACCUCCGUUAGUUUAUAGCUUCAUCCCUGAGCUAAAAGGGUUUAUUGAUAGGACACUAGAGACACGACAGCGUCUGAUAAUUGGGAGACACACGAAACUCUAGACUGAGCCACAAGUGAGUUAAGAGAGACCAACCUAUAGUCCGUCCACUUCAUCUCACAGGUGUGGGAUGUAAGGCUGAGCCGUGGGAGAAGAGGCCUGGGCAGGACAGGCCCCCUGGGAUCACUCCCUGACCUUUGCCAGUUACCGGCCAAGUAGCUGUCAGCAGGUGCUCCAGUUCUAAGAGCGGUCGUUCCUUAGGUAUAUGGUGAUGAGUUUAGACUGGAUGUCUUUAAGUUUGUGGAGUUCUAGCAUUCUACCUACAUAUUAUGAUGCUUGGGAAGGACUAUGAAGGAUCUGUAUAAUCCUGAUGUUCUUAAGUUCCCUUCUGUAGUUCUUAGUGUUACUGGAGCAGCAUUUACAUUUUAGAGAAUUAUAAUAGCUCUUUACUACUGGAGUGGCUCUUCCUUGGUUAUCCGAAUAGAAGCCUACAUUAUUGGACAGUUUGGGACAUAGAUUUUUUCUUUUUUAAGUAUCUAAGUAUCAUUUUGUUUUGUUUUUUAAUGGCCCUACCUAUUCCAACAAAACAGUAUCAGAAGACUACAAUUCUUUAAAAAUAUAUAAUCAGUGAUUUGGCACUUAAAAAUGGGCAGAUACUAUAAGCAUAUGUUUCUGAUUUGCUUUAAUCCAACUGUGCAAGAGUGGUAACUAUACCAGAACACAUCACAAGUUUUUUUUUUUCCCCCUUACAGCAUUCAAAUAACUAGAUCACCAAAUUUAAGUCCCUAUAUUUGUAAAAACACAGGACUCAGAGGAGAUAAGGUUUAAAUGGACAGUUUUAGCUACAGUCAUAAUUAAUGAUUUCUUUAGCAGACCUGUCAGAAUUUUGGCCGCUCAGUGAGUGUUGUUCCCCCUCAAAGGCAUCUGGUUUUACUUGGGAAGCUAAUACUACUCUAACGGUGUUGGCUUCAUUUAAGUUAAUUCUGAAACCACCCCCGUCCUUAGAAACACUGUCAAGGACAGUAAUAAGGUAUAAGAAAAUCCAUUGAAUUACUAUCUAAUUAGUAUUGCUUUUAGCAGCCAGAAGUAUGUUCUCUGUCUUAUUAAUCUUUUCCCAUAACUCUUGAUUCUGGGUCACAUUUAGCUGUUUCCAAAAAGCAAAAUCACUCCCCGCCAUGAAACAUGGUUACUAUUGAGGACAGUAAAAAAAAUAAUCCACAGAAAAUUCCCAGAGAGGACCUUAUAGUGGAAAGUGACAACAAUCAGUCUUAAUUUCCUUAAUAUUCUGAAUAAGGGAACUGCCAUAAUUUCACCUGUCUUUGGUGGUUUAGAAAAUGGAAAGAUGCAGAUUUUAAAAUAACCUCUAAAAGAGGUUGUCACUUUGUUCAGUGUCAUUUGAUAUUGAACUUGGCUCUUCCUGUAUUAGAUUUAUAGAACUUGGAUUGCUAAUAAUUACAGGGGAACAUACUCAAGAAAAGAACCUGUUUUUCUCAAGGUGAAAUUUUAGUUUUGCUUAUAAUACUUUUCUUUCCUGCUGUCCUGGCAGGUAAUUGAUCAUUUUGAUGUGAACUAACACAGUUUUCUCCAGGUCAGGAACAGUCUGCCUUCAGCAAUUUUAGAGGAAGGAGGAGACCUUUGGGAUUGACCUCAGCCCAGAAGUGUGGAGGGAUCUGAGUUCAGCUGCAUAAAUUCAUACUGUAGAUACCUUGGGCCAAAGUCAAGUCUCCCACGAUGAUGUUUGUCUAAAUUUCCAGAAGUCUUUAACUUUCUCUGGCUGUAACAUUAUCAGGAUCAUGUAGCCACUAACUUAGAGUUUGGGAACAAAAAAAAUGACAAGAUUGCCCAACGUACAAAAUUAAGCAAAUUAGAGGCUGCCAGCCAGAACAGAGAAACUAUCAGAGGGAUAUUUAAAAUGAAAUCUUUACUGAAACCCUCCAGAUUAUACAAAGCUAUCUUUUAUUCCUCUCUAGAGACUAUAAUUUUACCAACACAAUGUUAGUCUUUUCAUUUUCCACCCUAGUCAUAUUCCUGAAGUUGGAUAUACUUGGGUUUCUUGAGUCAAAAUGAAUCCCAGAUGGCCUCCCUUUCAGAUAAUCUGUAACAAGAUAUUUCUUUGUUUAUCCUGGGUUUCCUUUCACUAAGGUGGAGGAGGGAGGUUCUUUGGGUAAUGCUGACUUAGGCAGAGUUACCAAACGGUGGCAGUUGCUUGAACGGUUGCUUGAACGGAAGACACUUUCCGGGUCCCCAGUUGGAUGUAGUGUCCUGACUUUCCUCUCUUUCCUGUGAGUAUUCCCUCCCCCUACUGCACAUCGCCUCGUCACGUGGAUGCGUACUUACCACAGGUCUUUACCAUGUCCUCCCCAAGAAGACAGAGCAAACAGAGGUACGCGAAGCUCCCUUCUACAGUAAAAAUAUGAAAUUUAAACAUUGCUACGCAAGUAUUGUGUUUUAAAAAAAGGUCUGUAAACAAUUUAUUAUGUAAACAUACAGGGGAAUAAAGACUUAUCUGUUCAAACAGGAGCCUGAUGUUCACAGAUGUAAAUAACUUACAGUAACUGCCGCUUUCCUCAUCUGAAAACGCACUUGUGCGAAAAGGACUUGAACCCAUUGUUGAGUGACUUACUGAGUGCGGCUACUGAGGUUUCCCCUCGCUGUCAGAGAGAAAAAAAACCCUGUGAGCCUGUAUUUGGUGUGACUAGACUCGGGGUUGCAAAUUGAGCACAGAUUUGCAGCUGCCCUCCUCUAAUUUGAUCCUUCAUAUACCCAGGCCAGUUUAAUUGAACGUUUGAUGCUGGCAACAGCAGUUUGAUGCCCAGGGAGAAAUCUCUCUAAUUGCUCCAUUGCCUUGAGAGGCGCAGCAUCACUGGCCUGCAUUGGCUCCUACCAAAUCCCUGUUCCCCAGUCCUGGGCUUUAAUAACCACUGCAUAGCAUAGGGUAGAACCAAACCCUUAAUUUUAUCAUCUAAGCUGAAGGUCAUGGCAAUUAUUAAUUUGAUGUCCAUCUCUUAAUUCCCUGAUUCGGCUCCGAGAGUGUGAAUUUCAAUUGGUGCUGCAUUUCUGACAUUCUUGAGAAGGGACAGUUUGCUUUCUAUUUGCCAGAUAUAUGUGAAGGUUUCUCAGUACUCCCAAGUCUUCAUUUUCAGUUUGGGGCAAGAAGUAGGUCUUCGAUACUGCUUGUAACUGUUAUUUCAGUUUACAAUAUGGGGGAAAGUAAAAUUCUGGCUGUGCAAGAUAUAUUGCACUAAAGAAUGUCCAGCCUGGAAUUUAAGUCUUCAGAUUCUGAUUUUUUUUUUUAAUUUUAUUUAUUUAUUUGACAGACAGAGAUCAUAGGUAGGCAGAGAGGCAGGCAGAGAGAGAAGAAGAAGCAGGCACCCUGCUGAGCAGAGAGCCCGAUGUGGGGCUCGAUCCCAGGACCCUGGGAUCAUGACCUGAGCUGAAGGCAGAGGCUUUAACCCACUGAGCCACCCAGGCACCCAGAUUCUGAUUUUUUUGAAAGCGCUCUGAUGACCCCUUCACUAUGUCCAUCAGAUAAAAUCCCCAGAGUAGACGCACCCUGAAUCACUCAGCACUUAGGAUUGCUUUGAAAGUUAACAGGCUGUUAGUGAACAGGUCAUCCAAGAGUUUUGGGGACCCCUUUCCUGCUCUGUCAAGCACAUGAACUCUGACUGAAUCUGCAUGAAUUUGGAGCCUUGAAAUAGACUCUUAGAACUCCUAAAAAAGUGUGCAGACCCUUAAUCUUGCACACAGUCCUCCAUGACAGGAAGAAAAAGAAGGGUGUCCUGCCUUCUUAUUUAGUUUAAUGCACUAAACCAGAAUGAAAAGAGACCUAACCCAGUUUGAGGGGAUUAGAACCAAAUGCCCUACUUGAGGCUUCAUGAUAAGAAAGACCCUUGUGCAGCCUGUGAAACCAGAGCCUGGAUUGCAGGCCUCCGCUCCUCAGGAACAACUAGCUGGCUUCACUGAGCUGUGUGGUCCUGGGGCAUCUGCUGUGCGUGCUGUUGGUUGCCAGAGGAAUGGGGCCAAGACAUGGGUUUAAAGUAGUGCAAAUCCUUCUUUGCUAGUAGUCAGACUGUUUCAAACACAUUUACCUGAUAGGGUAAGGCCAUUUUCAUAUACAAGGAUUGUUCACUUUGAAAAUACAUGCUUUCCUUAUAAGAACAUACAUACUCGUAUUCCAAAAAAGACCUCUAAUUGCCAACAAGAUUUAAUGUCCAUCUUCUGCUUGUAAGUUAUUUAGGAUCUCUCCUUGACUCCUUUGUGUCUUGUGCUGAGGGUGUAUGGAUGUCUGUGUUUCUUCCAAACCCACUGGCAUUCUUGCCCAGCUUGGGAGAGCAGCAAAGAGUGGUUGCUCUCUGCUGUAGUCACAGUACACCUUCUCAAAAAAGAGGAAAGAGGUUAAGAGACUUGGCCUUCUCAGGAAAAUCAUUUAAAUGUAGUUUUCUAACCCUUAGGAGGCAGAUUCAUGCUGAAAAAUAGAAACAGGUCUGGCCUUGUUUUGAAGAACAGGAAACAAGUUUCCCCUUCAAACUCAAUGUCACAGGGUUUUUGUGACUGGGCUUGUGAGGUUUUGAAAGUUCUCGAAAUUUUAGGUAUGGUUUUCCUGUUAUCAUCAGGGUCCUAGAAUAUGCUAAUUUGGCAGGUUUCCAGUUGUCCAAGAACCCACUUUUUAAGUAAUUUAGAUAGGGUAAGCACAUUCUUCUGGCCUGUCCAGCUCUGGAUAUGGUCCCCUCCACUUGGUACCUGAUAGUUCUCAAAAUGUAACCCAACAUUGCAGGCAUCCAGAGUGCCCCCGAUUCUGUAGGCAGCUGCUUUUUGGCAUUCUCUGCACACAAACAGAUCAGGCUGAAUUCAAAAGCACUGACUCCAGUCAAACUAGUGUCCGGUUUUCAUUAUUGAUCAGUAUGGUGCCAGAAUUGGUCAUUGGCUUGACUAAAUUUACCAUGUUUCCCCUAAAAGAUAUUUUGCACUCCCACAGAACCAGUUUGAUAAUGACAGCCCUAGGGGUAGUUUUGGCAGAUGAGAAAUUGUGACUUAGUUUUGGCAACUGAAAACUUUGUCUAGCUGAGUCUGUGUUAGAACGUGGUUCAAGGAGUCUUGCGGGAGGGGAGCUUCCAUGCCCCUUUGCUUGGCAAAUCUUAUUUUGGAAAACCUCUUUGCCCCUUUUCAUUUGAAUUUCCUCCCAGAAAUCACCACCUAAGAAUCACAGUGGUAGAACUAAUAUUAUACUGGCCUGAGAGCUUAGGAUUAUGUCUUAGGAUUAUGCACAUAUACUGCAAGAGAGAAGAUGUUCCAUUUGCUUCCUAACAGCUGACUAACGCUUUCCUAUCGCCACGUGGGUGCACAUACCAAAGCCGCAAUGCCAAGAAAAAAAAAAAGUAUCCUCUUCAAAAUCAUAUUCUUCAAACACUACUCAGAAAGCUGUUUGGCACCAGUACGGAAUUUCACUUAAAGACUCCUAACUGAAAAUUCACUGAAUGCAUUCAAACUCAGAAAAUGAGGGGGACACCCACCUUUGUUUGUUUGUUUCUGGAAACUGUAUUUAAGAUCAGAGCUGUUUAAAAAGAAGCAUUGCUAAAAAGUUCUAGGAUUCCGAGAAACAUAGUAUUUUUGUACAGGAUCUUCUAAAAUGUUCCAAUCUCUCUCUAACAUCUCUUUACAAUGUAAUGUCUCUAAGUGACUGGUUUCCCAAUAAACUGAUUUUGAUGCCGCUU